AUGGCAGAAGUUUUUAAAAACUCUAGCUCAUCUAUUAGUAAUGCAGACAAUGAUGUGAUACCUACAACUCUGAAUGAAACAGAAUCUCAACUCAACAAUAAUAGCUUCACAUUUUUAUAUGAAAAACUUUGUAAUGCUAUAAUUCUCGCUGACCGUAAAAUCCAAGAAGCAAUCUUAUGUUAUUGUAAUUUUGGCAAAGCUCUCAUUCAAAGACAUAAUGAAUUAGCAUCAGAAAAACAAGUUGAUCCAGAAUCUAAUACAGUUAGUAGAAUUUUAAAUAAGGAAGUUUGUGCUCAGCUCCCUGCAAAUAUUUCUGACACACUUUUAUGGAAGAGAAUUGAAAAGGCUAAAAAGCUCUACAAACUUUUCAGUGCAAUAGGUAUGGAUAAAAUUUAUCAAAUAUAUUCCUUUUCUACUAAUAGUAGCUCAAAAAUAACAAACAAAGAUAUUCAAUAUAUUAUAGAUAACAUACUAUUUGAUUAUAGUAUUAAGAUAGAAGAAUCAAAGAUUCGAUGUUUCACAUCACCUACCCUAAAAUCUGAAUUCUCUGAACCGAGUUCAGGAAGUGAUCAGCAAAUUUCUUGCAAAAAAGAAAAUAAAGAUUUAGAAUUUUCAGAAACAAAGGUAACUACUACAAUUACUUCCUCUAUCCUAUUGUCUCACACUUCUAAUUUGGGAGAUGAGUUAAGUAAUGAUUGA